GCAAAGGCGGGGGGGCGAAGAAGGCGCCGGAGCCCGGGCCGAGUGCAGCUGCCUUGGCCGCCGCCUCUUGAGCUCCUUGUGCGGUGGGCUUCCUCGGUCCACCGUCCGCGGAGGCCGGCGAGGAGAGCCCUCAGAUGCUCGGAGUCUUCCCGGCGCGGAGCUGCCGGUCACCUUCGCCCGCCGCCCGCCUGCUCCUGCUCCUACUCCGGCUGCUCUUCCCCCGGCUGCGGGAGCUCCAGCUCCCCGCCGUCGCCGCCGCCGCCCCGCCGAGGCUGUGGGGGCUGCCGGCGUUGCGCCGGGCCUGGGCGCCGGCUCGGACGACCGACGCCUAAGCAGCCGCGCGUCGCCGCGCCGCGGGCCGGCCGAGGACGCCCGCACACCCGGGGCUCGCCGGCCUGACCCCGGGCUCGCCCCCGUGAGGCUGUGGGACUCGGGCGGCGUGAGCCCCGCGCCGGCCUCCCCGCGACCCACGCCGCCGCCUCCUCCUCCCGGGUCGCCCGGCCGCGCUCGGCGGGCCGCUCCGCCGCAGCCAUGGGGUGCUGGGGUCGGAAACGGGGCCGGCUGCUCUGCAUGCUCAUGUUGACCUUCAUGUUCAUGGUGCUGGAGGUGGUGGUGAGCCGGGUGACCGCGUCGCUGGCGAUGCUGUCCGACUCCUUCCACAUGCUGUCGGACGUGCUGGCGCUGGUGGUGGCGCUGGUGGCCGAGCGCUUCGCCCGGCGGACCCACGCCACCCAGAAGAACACGUUCGGCUGGAUCCGGGCCGAGGUGAUGGGGGCCCUGGUGAACGCCAUCUUCCUGACCGGCCUCUGCUUCGCCAUCCUGCUCGAGGCCAUCGAGCGCUUCAUCGAGCCGCACGAGAUGCAGCAGCCGCUCGUGGUGCUCGGGGUCGGCGUGGCCGGGCUGCUGGUCAACGUGCUGGGACUCUGCCUCUUCCACCACCACAGCGGCUUUGGCCACGACUCCGGCCACGGCCACUCGCACGGGGGCCACGGCCACGGCCUCCCCAAGGGGACCCGCGGCAAGGGCCACCGCGCGGGGGGCAGCGACGGCAGCGCGGCCCCUGGCGAGCAGGGCCCGGAGCAGGAGGAGACCAACACCCUGGUGGCUAACAGCAGCAACUCCAACGGGCUCAAGGCGGACCCGGCAGGUGUGCGGGGCCGGGGGAAGGGAGCGGAUCCAGAAAAAUCUAGAAACGAGGAUGCAGUGGAUGUACAAGUGAAUGGGAAUCUUAUCAGAGAACCCGAGCAUGUGAAGUUGGAAGAGGAUGACAGCGCUGGACAACUUAACAUGCGUGGAGUUUUUUUGCAUGUCCUUGGAGAUGCCUUGGGUUCAGUAAUUGUAGUAGUAAAUGCCUUGGUCUUCUAUUUCUCUUGGAAAGGUUGCUCUGAAAGAGAAUUCUGUGUGAACCCAUGUACCCUUGACCCCUGCAAAGCAUUUGUAGAAAUUAUCAAUAGUACUCAGGCAUCAGUUCAUGAGGCUGGUCCUUGCUGGGUGCUGUAUUUAGACCCAACACUUUGUAUUGUAAUGGUUUGUAUACUUCUUUACACAACUUACCCACUACUUAAGGAAUCUGCUCUUAUCCUUCUACAAACCGUUCCUAAGCAAAUUGAUAUCACAAAUUUGAUAAAAGAACUUCGAGCUGUUGAAGGAGUUGAGGAAGUUCAUGAAUUACAUGUCUGGCAGCUUGCUGGAAGCAGAAUCAUCGCCACCGCUCACAUAAAAUGUGAGGACCCCACAUCCUACAUGCAGGUGGCUAAAACCAUUAAGGACGUUUUUCAUAAUCACGGAAUCCAUGCUACCACCAUUCAGCCUGAAUUUGCUAGCGUAGGCUCUAAGUCCAGUGUAGUCCCAUGUGAACUUGCCUGCAGGACUCAGUGUGCUUUGAAGCAAUGUUGUGGGACCCGACCCUUGGCCCAUUCUGGAAAAGAUGCAGAAAAGGCCCCGACAGUUAGCAUUUCUUGUCUAGAACUUAGUGACCAUCUAGAGAAGAAGCCCAAGAGGACUAAAGGUGAAAACAUCCCUGCUGUUGUGAUAGAGAUUAAAAAAAUGCCAAACAAACAACCUGAAUCAUCCUUGUGAGUCUUGAAAAAGAUGUGAUAUUUGACUUUUGCUUUAAACUGCAAGAGGAAAAGACUCCAUUGACAUUCUAAGUUUGCCAAGUAGCAUAAUUGAAGUCCUUAUCUGGUCACACAGUUUAACUCUAUUUUUGUAAGAACAUAAUGGGACUGCUACCAGAGUUCUAUAUUACAAUUUUGUGAUGAUUAGCACAGAGUACAGCUAUGCUGUAACAAUUUUGGAAAGCCAGUUUUAACACUAUGUUACAUUUUUGUUCAAGUAUGAACUUUAUAUAACAUAAUGACCUUUGAUUUCCGGUUUUCCCGUGAUAAAAAUUAGGGGGAUAAAUAAAAUUGUUACUGGAA